AUCCACUAUCAACGUCAAGAAGAGAAAACGAAGAGCCCUCGCUGCCUCAUUGCAGGGCGCAGACAAGAUCUCAACAUGGAGGAGCGGAGUAUUUACGUGCGCAGGGCCCGCGUCGUAGAUGUGGAGGCAGUGCUGAGUGUGCUGAAUGCGGCCUACGCGGUAGAGAUGGGAAACUCUGACCGAGGCUUUCGAUUGCAACCACGCUAUCAAAAUAGCGAACAGGUACUAGGGCAUUAUUGCCGAAGUUUGGCAAUUAGUGAGGGAUUGCAGUUUCUCGUUGAAGAAAUCAAUGGACCUAUUUCAGGCAAAGCAAUAAUUUUGCAUGAGGGCAGGGCGCAUCCAAAAAAACCGCAGGUUCAGUCCGACAUUUUGCUGGCGAGACAGGAGGAGAAUAUCGGCGUUUUCUUCGUUGCGGCGGAAAAGCGUAAGCGACCAAGGCGGCAGAGCGAUCAAUCAGAUCCGAAUGGAAAAAGCGGUAUUGAAGUGAGGAAAAUGCGUAUUUAUGUUGCUUUUUUAACACCUGACUGACCUUCAAGCAAAUGGCAAAAAAAAAUCGAUUCAAAAUUUGACUUAUUUCCGUUGCAAGAAAAACACCAGGUUCGUCGUCUGCCACGGCCUCUACUGGCGCAAAUGGGUCUUCGGUGGUAAAAUCCAUUUCCAACGCGAUCGGCAGUGUCGUGAAGUCAGUUACUGUUGGAUCGAGUUCGAAUAAAACCGACGAAGCCGCCGGUGACACCAUGGUGCAUGGGCGAUUACUGCUCAACAGCGAAUCCACCACCUCCAUUGGCAGUGGCAGUGGAGGUAAUAGGAUAUGACUGUUUAUUGGAAGUAGAUGUGGAUUUAGAUUUAUGAAUAAGAUAGGCGCUUUUGUACAAAUGUAGCACGCCUUUCUUUCCUUAUUUUCAGGCACGUGUUCCCCGGGGCAGACCACGCCCGGUGGGAGCAGGGAAACCAUUGUCGGGGCCGUGCGCGUGAUGCUGCGCAAGUUCGGCGGCGACAAGUGCAUUGACCUGAGUCCCUACGGCGUGCACCCGAGUUACCAGCGUCAGGGCAUCGGCAGCCUGCUCCUCCAGGCGUCUUACGACUGGGCACUCAAGCGGUCGGUGCGGCGCGUGGUGCUCGAGGUCUGCUCGCUGCGCAGCGACCUGUUUUUGGCCCGGCCCGGCAGCAAGGACGAGAAUUUCGGGGUGACGGAUCCGCGGAGCACCGCAAAUCGCAGCAGUUUGACGUCCCCGUCGUCCUCCGCGGCACCCACCAACGGAAAGAAACCGUUGCAACUGCCCGCCAUCCACUCCCCCGGAUCCACGACGACGCAGAACAAUUUGUCCAUCGGCGGCGGUGGGCUGGGUCUGAGCAGCCCGAAGAACAAAUUGGGGAACAACAAUUUUAGUUCUGGCGGUGGUAGCAGCAGCAGCACCGCUGGCGCUGCUACGACAAAUACAGCGAGCAACACACUGUUACAAUCUCCAUCCUCGCCGGCGAAUGGCCAGAAGAAGAACAAAACCUCGCUCCCCUGGACGCAAGCGGGUGCGACAGCUGCGGUGGGAAGCAACGCACCGUCGCCACCCCCGUUGACCGGCGCGGCAGCUGCGAGUGGAAACAAGAAAGGCACGGAAAGUUCUACUAAUGACAUGGCAGGAGCGACGCCGUCCUCGAUGAAGACCUCUGCUGCAUCGUCUUCCCCGGGGGCCAACAAAAAUGGAGCUAGCUCGACGGUCUUGUCGCCGAGUAACCACGACAAGAAUGCCCCCGCGAACGGCAUCUCCAGUGAUGUGGAGACCUUCAAGCGCGAUCCGAACGGCCGUAUUACCUCCAAGGAGAUUGAGGCGCACGCAAAGAGCUACCCGGAUUUGAAAAGGCCCAUACCCGGGCAGGGGUUCUUCGGAAAAAUGGGCUACGUCCAGGUGAGCUGUUUUUGAUUGUAAAUUUUUUUGUUGCUUGGUUGCGUCUGUGUCUGCAAGGCCUAUUAAUUGCUAGUAUUGCAGGAGAGGGGCGUUUCACGACGGACAGAAAUUCAAUGUAAACAUAGGUCGGUGCGAUUUCGUCCGACGACGUGCUGGAUCCAGAGCCCGGUUCUACCGCACGACCGUGCCAUUUUCUCCUGCUGUCCCGGAACGUGCCACUGGCACAGAAGUGA